AGUUCAAAAUUGUUAUAUACAAAAAUGCACUUUGUUGUAAUAUUUUAAUUUAAAGAAAAGCAGUUUGAGAUGAAUAUAAUGAAGAAGUUCUUUAUAAAAAUUAUAAAAUAAUGAAGAUAACUAUUUUGCUCCUAAUGUUCUUGUGUCUUUUGAAGAAGAUUGGUGUGGAAUCUUUAAAGAAUUCCACAACUACGGUUACCCCAAGAAUAGUUGGUGGUCAUUUAGCUGAUGUGGGACAAUUUCCUUUUCAAGUAGGAAUUGUUCAUAUAACGGAAGGAUUGCUUUGUGGCGGAACAAUUCUUACUGAGUGGUGGAUUUUAUCAGCAGCACAUUGUUUUGAGCAUAACUAUAGAGGACGUUAUGACGUUGUAGUAGGCUCAGUUGAUUUAACCAUGGGUAAAGAAUACACCGUAGCGAUGAUAGUGAUGCAUAAAAAUUAUGAAACGGAUACUAUAGAAAAUGAUGUAUCAUUGGUAAAGUUAAAAACUUCGUUAAUAUUUGACUCUCUUGUGUCUCCGAUAAAAUUGGAUCAUCGCAAUAUUGAAAUAGUUGAAUGUACUGCUAUAGGAUGGGGACAAACUUCGUUUUAUUACGAAAAGCCGGCCAUGGUGUUGAAUUACAUUAACUUAUACACGAUUAGAAACUCCGAAUGCCAAGAUCUUUACAUGGCUUACGCUGGCAAAGACAUUGCGGACUCGAAUAUCUGCACGAUGUCAAUGUCUGGAGGUACGGGAACUUGCUACAUGGAUUCCGGUGGACCUCUUAUUGCAAACGGAAAACAAAUUGGGAUAGUUUCCUUUGGGGCUAAGUGCGGAGUUUAUCCUGACGUUUACACCAGGAUAUCCUACUUUUACCAUUGGAUACAUGAUACCAUGCAACAAUAUAAUUAA